CAAAUGCUUCCGGAUAAUAUCUUCGCUAACGAAAAACAGGCCGUUUCGUACCUCAUCACCAAAGCUAUUUAUAAUGUCUUCUUCCAUCCUCUCAGCCGCUUUCCUGGUCCAAUAUCCCACGCACUGAGCCGUCUCCCCUAUUGCGUGCGGGCGGCCAGAGGAACACUCCCAUUUGAUAUGCUGGAGCUCCACAAUCGCUAUGGUGACAUUGUCCGGAUUGCGCCAGAUGAGCUGGCUUUCUCCCACCCUGAUGCAUGGAAAGAUAUCAUGGGACACAAAAAAGGCGAGCCAGAAAUGGAAAAAGCUCGAUGGUUCUAUCAGCCGCUUGAAGACGAGCCACUUCAUAUCGUUAAUGAAACGAGAGAGCAACAUGGGCAGCUGCGGCGGCAAAUGGCUCAUGGGUUUUCGGAGAAGGCGAUGAGGGACCAAGAGCCAUUGAUCCGGAAGUAUGCUGACCUCCUACUUGAAAAAUUGCGCGGAUUUAGCAAAGAAGGAAAACCAGUUGUUCUCUCAGAUUGGUACAACUAUACGACAUUCGACAUUAUUGGAGAUUUGGCUUUUGGAGAGCCCUUCGGCUGUUUGGCAGGGUCAAAUUAUGACGAAUGGAUUGCAGGCAUCUUUCAAGCAGGACGAGUGGGCACCAUUUUACAGAGUCUAUCGUUUUAUCCAUGGGUCAAACACGCUUUGUUGUCACUGGUUCCCCAAUCAAUUCAAGAGGGUCGCAAGCGACACAAGAAGCGGACCUCGGCAAAAAUGGCUCGACGAAUGCAAAAUAGCGAAGGACGACCUGAUCUUAUUGAGGGGCUAUUGAGGAAGAAAGACGAAUUGAAUCUCGGCGUCGAAAAUCUGGUUGCAAAUGCGGAAAUUCUCAUCAUCGGGGGCUCUGAAACUACUGCGUCGUUAUUGAGCGGAGUGACAUAUUUCCUGCUUGAGAAUUCUGAUGUCUACAAAACAUUGACUGAAGAGGUUCGCUCAACAUUUCAAAGUCAAGAAGAUAUCAAUUUGAUCUCUGUGACUAAAUUGCCAUACAUGUUGGCUUGUCUUGACGAGGCACUUCGCAUGUUUCCACCCGUUGCAAAUGGUCUCCCUCGUGUCUGCCAUGGAGCGGUGAUCUCAGGACAAUACAUCCCAGAGAAUACCUAUGUCUCCAUUCAUCACUGGGCGCUCUAUCGCCGACAAGAGUACUUUGCUGAGCCCAACACCUAUCACCCAGAGCGCUUUUUGGGAGAUGCUAAGUUCGAGAAUGACCGUCGAGAAGUCUUGCAACCAUUUCAUGUUGGCCCGAGAAAUUGUCUCGGAAGGAAUCUUGCAUAUAGCGAGAUGCGUCUAAUUCUUGCUCUGAUAGUCUUCAAUUUCGACAUGAAGAUUUCGGACGACUGUCAUGAUUGGAUUAAGCAAAGGAAUUUCCUUAUGUGGCAAAAGGGUCCAUUGAAAGUCCAUUUGACACCGGUGUCGAAAGAUUCCUCAUGA